AUGGUGUCGACGCGUCAGGUGUCACUCUCUGUCGGCAUCAAGGUUGGAGCUCCUGUUGUCGUGGCAAUAAUAAUUAUACUCUUGUGCCCAUACGCACCGGCUACUUCCGUGCUCCCACGGGUAGAUGGCGCCAGCUGCUGGGUGGACCGCACUGAGGAUUCAUCAGCAUCAGACAGCCGUGAUAUUAGAGAAAGGCGAGGCGCUCAGAUGCAUUUAUUGAAGACAUGGUCUAUCGGGCUCGCUGCUGGGCUGUACUGCGGAGUAGACCUAGGAUAG